AUGACGGCGAACAUUUUUGAUCUUUCUUCCAAAAAUAACGAAACUGAAGGAUACUCCAAGCUUGCAUUGAAUAGUAAAGCAUCCUUUGAGUAUGACGAAGCAGUUAAAAAAGACAAGAAAAAGGGGGCUUCUUUUAGUCCUAUAGCCCUUCUUAGCUUUACUUCAAUUCUUUUAACGGGUUGCUUUCUUUACUUUGGAAGACCUGAACUUGAUUCCCUAAAUCCUAAUGAAAGCUCUAUAUCUCCCGUCGCAUUUGCCAAUAGAGCGUGGCGCAGAUUGAAUAAUUUAUAUUAUUCCUUCGCUGCUCCUUCCGAGAACAAACUUCUACCUGAUAAAAAUCCUGAGUUACCUCCAUACACCCUGCUAAUUGAAAUUGAUGAUGUGCUUAUUAAGACGGAGUGGACUACUGAACACGGUUGGCGUGUGAAAAAGCGACCCGGCGCCGUUCAGUUUUUAAAUUAUCUUUGCCAAUUUUACGAGAUUGUUCUUUUUACAUCCUCCUCCGCUAUGAGUGCCGCUCCCUAUGUGGCCGUUUUAAAUAAGUACGGGACUGUUUCAUAUGCUCUAUAUAGGGACUCCACCCGUUACGAAAACUUUACUUUUAUUAAGGAUUUGAGGUACUUGAAUAGAGACUUGUCGAAAGUAGUUCUGGUAGACACCGACGAAAGCCACUACGCAUUUACUCCUGAAAACGGCUUAUGUCUCCCCCGCUGGGAUGGUUCAGCGGAUGACAAAACCCUCAUUGAGCUGCUCCCUUUCUUUGAAGCCUUGGCCCUUAGCGAUCUUGGUGAUUUAAGGCCGACGCUCUCUCACUAUGCCGGAAAGGACUUCCACAGCGAGUUUAUAAAAAAUCAGCGUCUUUUAAAGCUUCAAGAAAAAGAAACUCUGCAAAAAAAUAAAGACAGAGUCGAACGGUGGUCCUUUUCUUCACUUUGGCCGAGUCGCAGGAAUUUUCGCGAAGCGGAAUCGCUGGUUAAAUCUGUUGAGGACGAGGUUUUGGCUUUUGAGAAAAAAAAAAAAGAAGAACUCCAACAACAAAAGAAAAUCCCUAAUUAACUACUCUCUUUAUUAAUCGUCCAGUUUUUAGUUCAUGUUA